AAAACUUUUAUUUAUAAGAGUAACAGAACUCUCUUCCUUCCUUCUCCUUCUUCUUCUCAUAAAUUUUCUAUGAAACAAACACAAAACAACAACAAUGAACAUUCUUCUUCUUCUUCUUAAUCUUCUUCUCUUGUCUCUUUGUUGUUGUUCUUAUUCAUACCAACUCUCUCUAAGACAACAAGCUUCAAUCUUGGUAUCACUAAAACAAUCAUUCAAACUAUCCAAUUCUUAUUUGGAUAGUUGGAACUUAUCAAACACUUCUUCACUUUGUUUCUGGCCAGGAAUCCAAUGUGAUGACACUAAAAAAUCUGUCCUUUCAAUCAACAUAUCAAGUUCCAACAUCUCAACAACUCUUUCCCCACUCAUAACUCUAAUCCCAACUCUUCAAAACCUCUCUGUCUCAGAUAACAACUUCACAGGCCCUUUUCCCUUCUCAAAAAUUCACCAUCUCCCUAACCUUAAACAUCUCAACAUAUCAAACAACCAGUUCAGUGGUGAACUCAACUGGGAUUUCUCUCAAUUACAAAACCUUGUUGUUUUGGAUGCUUAUAACAACAACUUCAAUGGCUCACUUCCUUAUGGAGUAGUCACUCACCUUCCAAACUUAACAUACUUGAACUUUGGAGGGAACUACUUUUCAGGCUCCAUUCCUAGAAGUUAUGGCAACAUGGGCAAGCUAAAGUUUCUAUCUUUAGCUGGAAAUGAUCUCAGUGGCUCCAUUCCCAGUGAGCUUGGGAACCUUACAAGCUUAGAACAGCUUUUGUUGGGUUACUAUAAUGAGUUUGAAGGUGGGAUACCAAGUGAGCUUGGUAAGCUGAUCAAUCUCUUUCAUUUGGACCUUGCUAGUUGUGGUUUGGAAGGUUCAAUACCACCUGAGUUGGGGAACCUUGUAAAGUUGGAUACUUUGUUUCUUCAAACCAAUCAACUAAGUGGUUCUGUUCCUUCUCAGCUUGGAAAUUUAAGAAAUUUGAAGUCUUUAGAUCUUUCCAACAAUGGUUUGACAGGAGAGAUUUCAGUUGAGUUAGUUUCAGGACUAAGUGAGCUGACCCUUUUGAACCUUUUCAUCAACAAGUUUCAUGGGGAGAUUCCUAAAGCAAUUGCUGAGUUGCCCAAGUUGGAAAUUCUCAAGCUUUGGCAGAACAAUUUCACUGGUGCUAUCCCUCCUAAGCUUGGUCAAAAUGGUAAGUUGACUGAGGUUGACUUAUCAACCAACAAACUCACUGGUACUGUUCCUAAGUCUUUGUGUUUUGGAAGAAAGCUUAAGAUUUUGAUUUUGCUCAACAACUUCUUGUUUGGUCCUUUGCCUAAUGAUCUUGGUCAAUGUGAGACUUUAGUGAGAGUAAGAAUGGGACAGAAUUAUUUGACAGGUACUUUACCAAAUGGGUUUCUUUACUUGCCUAAGCUUUCACUAUUGGAGCUACAGAACAAUUAUUUGAGUGGACAACUAGAGACACCCAAAAAAAACAAGGUACUUUCUUCAUCAAAACUCUCACUCCUUAAUCUCUCAAACAACCGUUUAUCAGGUUCAAUUCCCACUUCUCUAAUUGGAAACUUGUUCUCAAGUUUACAAUAUGUGUUACUAAGUGGAAACAGAUUCAGUGGUGAAAUCCCAUCUGAAAUUGGUCACUUGAAAAACACACUCUUGAAAUUAGACAUUAGUAAGAACAAACUCACUGGCCAAAUCCCACAAACCAUAUCAAAUUGUGCAUUGUUAACUUACUUAGAUUUGAGCCAAAACCAACUCACAGGUCCAAUCCCACCUCAGCUUUCUCAAAUUCACAUCCUUAAUUACCUAAACCUCUCAUGGAACAACCUAAGCCAAGGCCUUCCUAAAGAAAUUGGCUCCUUAAAAAGCUUAACUUCAGCAGAUUUCUCACACAACAACUUGUCUGGUCCAAUCCCAGAAACUGGUCAAUACCUCUUCUUUAACACAACAUCAUUCAUAGGCAACCCAAACCUAUUCACCAACAACCACUCAAUGUCCUCAUCAUCAGAUCACAACAACAACAACCAAAACAACACUUUGGGGUCUCAUAACAGCAGCAACAACAACAACAGUGUUCCUCCAAAAUUCAAGCUCAUAUUUGCUUUAGGCCUAUUGCUGUGUUCCUUUGUGUUUGCCACUUUUGCAAUCAUGAAGACAAGAAAAUCAAGAAGAGGAAGAGAUAAAGAUCAUCACCAUCAUCAUUAUCCAUGGAAGCUGACAGCAUUUCAGAAAGUGAACUUUGGAAGCUCAGACAUCUUGGAAUGUGUCAAAGAGAACAAUGUGAUAGGGAAAGGUGGAGCUGGUGUUGUGUACAAAGGAACAUUGCCAAGUGGUGAGAUUGUUGCAGUUAAGAAAUUAGGAGUGUUGGGAUCAUGUCAUCAUGACAAUGGAUUAGCAGCUGAGAUUCAGACACUUGGCAAGAUCAGACACAGAAACAUUGUUAGAUUACUUGCUUUCUGUUCCAACAGAGAGACUAAUCUUUUGGUUUAUGAGUACAUGGAGAAUGGGAGCUUAGGUGAGGUUCUUCAUGGGAAACAAGGGAAAUUUCUCAAGUGGGAAACUAGACUUAAAAUAGCCAUUGAAGCAGCCAAAGGACUUAGUUACUUGCACCAUGAUUGCUCACCAUUGAUUCUCCAUAGGGAUGUCAAAUCAAACAACAUUUUGCUUAAUUCUGAUUAUGAGGCACACGUGGCAGAUUUUGGACUUGCCAAGUUUCUGAGACCUGACAACAAUGGGAAUGGAACUUCUGAGUGCAUGUCUGCCAUUGCUGGCUCUUAUGGCUACAUUGCUCCAGAAUAUGCUUACACAUUGAAAGUGGAUGAAAAGAGUGAUGUGUAUAGCUUUGGAGUGGUGUUGUUGGAAUUGGUGAGUGGAAGAAGAGCUGUUGAUACUAAUUUUGGAGAAGAAGAAGGAGUUGUUGACAUUGUUCAAUGGGCUAAGACUAAGAUUAAUAAUAAUAAUAAUAAUCAACAUGAUCAAUAUCAUAAUAACAAGAAAAAGAACAUGUUAUCUUUAUUGGACCAAAGUUUGAAUCCAUUGGAUUUGGAAGAGGCUAUGCAUGUGUUGUUUGUGGCAAUGUUGUGUGUUCAAGAACAAAGUGUAGAGCGUCCCACCAUGAGAGAAGUUGUUCAAAUGCUUACUCAACCUAAAUAAUAAUUAUAUAUAUAUUUGUAUUUUUAAUGUUGUUGUUGUUGUUGUUGUUGUUGUAACGACUAAUUAAGUUAAUGGUGUUUGAAUUGAAGUUAUAUAUAAGUAAGUUUGAUACAUAAUUAAGUAGUUAGAACACAUGUAUGUAUGAUUUGUAUUAUUUUUGUUCUUCCUUUUUGCUAGCUAAAAUAAUUUUGGUUAUUAUUAGUAAUAAUGUUUUUAUG